AUGCGUUUUGCUUUAGUUGCCGGAGCUCUUGUCCUUGGUGCCACCGUUUCCGAAGGGCGCUCGAUUGCACCCAGCCCAUCGAAAAGAACGACAGAGCACAUCGAAUUUGCCACCCCUUCCCGCAACUUAAAAAGAUCACGUCAAGACAGCGGCUGGAAUCCCGCAACCGAGACAGAUGAUGUACCCUCCAACCAGGAUGGCAUGGACCCAUCGGCAUACCAACCUAAAACCCCCAGCGAUGGAAAAAAGAAUGCUCAUAAAGCUUCGAAAAAACAUCAUGAAGCAGCGACCUCAGACGCCGCCUACCGGACUGCCUUGCCCGACCCACUAGAGUCGACCGUAGACUCCGCCGCUGAUACUCUCAGCAAAAAACUCCCUCAAGAGAUUCAAUAUCAAAUCAUCCCUGUUUCCUCAUCCAACUCAUCCACGCAAGACUCGCCUGCAUCUUCCAAUCGUGCAUACACCAUCACGCCGGUAUCACCCGUGGCAAACGCGGUAGCCGACGUCGCCCCUGACGUCAAAGAAGCUCUUAACGAGGGGAUCUCCAGCUCGACCCUCACGGGAAUGGUCACCCAUCUUCAAACCAAGCAGGAAUCCAAGCCAGCUAUGGCUCUCCUCAGGGCCAUCGAAAAAUACCGACUGGCGGUAUCUGAAGACAGUAAAGUGGAUGUGAAUGAUGCCCAGUCGAGAUCAACCACCCUUCCGAAGCCAACCAACAUCGCCAAGUCCGUGUUGUCCGGGUCACCCCUGGCUCACACACCCCACACGCCUGCAUCAUCUUUGCUCGAUUCGACACCCGCUAAGGCCGAUCCUUUGACUCAGCUACCCGGCUUCAUCCCUGCAAACACUGUCGAUCCCUCUUCCCUGACCAACACUAUUGAUCCUCUUGCAGACAGUACUGCCGCUUGGAACCAAUAG